AUGAUGAUGCCCGGGCAGACUAGAGUGCUCUAAACCCCUCUUCAUAUUCACUAUUCAGACCCAUUGCAGGGGCAGUUUACACCAUGCAAAGUGAAACACGAAAGCUAAAGCUGAUCCUUUUACAGUCAAUAUUUGGCAAAGCUUUUAUAUGGCUGAAGUGUUUAGGGAGAUUGCCAAGAAAGUAUUUGGUGUAUCCUAUUGACAUAAGAAAGGAAAACAAGGAGUACCUGGUGGUGGGAUGAGGGAGUGCUGGCAAUUAUUCAAAGGGAGGGGUUAACAAAUAAAAAUUUGGGAAAGCAUGUAGAUCUGCCUCACAUAAGGAAAGGCUUAUGUGAGGCUCGGCACUAAGGAAAGAAAAUUAGCUUGGCGGCAAGAUUGAGCUGGAAGGAAGUGUACUAAUGAAUGAUGAGAGGCUGUUGAGAAGAUGAAGUAGUUUGAAGAGCUAAUGAAUGAAGAACAUGAGAGAGAGGAGGACAGUUCAGUAAGGAGGAAGUGAUGGCAGCUGUGAGCUAAGAGUGGACUCUUGAAGAGUGAGAGGAUGCCUGAGGAAUGGAAAAGAAGUGUAGUGAUUUUCAAGAACAAGCAUGAUGUGCAGAGCUGUAGUGACAACAGAGGGAUAGAGUUGUUAAGACAUACCAUGAAGAUAUGGGAAAGAGUUUAAGCUUUGUUUGGGAAACGGGGUGAUGGUUGGUGAGCAGCAGUGUGGCUCAUGUCUAGAACGACCUCUACAGAUGUACCGUUUGCUUUGAGAGUGUUAAUGGAGAAAUACAGAGAAGGCCAGAAGGAAGUGUAGUGUGUCUCUGCUGAUCUAGAGAAAACACACGAAUGAGAGAUGAACUAUCCAAACCAACUCUGGCCUUGGAGUACACUUUUGGCAGACGAGCACGAGGACACAACACGCCUAAAGACAUAGCCCAUCUAUGGGAGCUGGGAGGAGGGACCUCUUUGUCAGACCUCGUCCAGAUCCCCAUCACUCCUGUCACCAUCAGCUGUCUCUCAGUCAUCCUCGUCCUGGACCUGUCUAAACCCAACGCUCUGUGGGGAACGAUGGAGAAGCUACUGCAGGCUGCACAGGCUCACCUAGAGAGAACCUCCUCCCAAGUACAGAAAUCCAAACCCGGAGUCAAACACCAGACUCCCAGCCACUCAGCAGCACGUGUCUUACCUAAAGACUAUCCUGACAGAGAGUUGAUCAGUCCCUUUCCUGUUCCUCUGCUCAUCAUCGGGAGCAAGUACGACAUCUUCCAGGAAUUUGACUCUGACAAGAAGAAAGUUGUCAGUAAAACACUGCGUUUUAUUGCUCAUUACUACGCGGCCUCUCUCGUUUUCACUAGCAUCAAAUCAGAGAGCCUUAUAUCAAAAACCAAGAGCUUCUUCUUGCACCUGGCUUUCAGUUUGGAGAGAGGGAAAACUGUUUCCUCUGACCCCCUCAAGCCGCUCAUCAUUCCGGCAGGCUCUGAUUCCUUCGGUCAAAUAGGUUCCCCACCUACUGUCGAUGUGGAUAUAACGUCUCUCCAUGCUAAAAAUCCAAAAGACCUCUGGAAGAAAGUGUAUGAGCGUGUCUUCCCCCCAGAGAGUACAAAUGAGCAGAGAGAGCUAAAGGAUCCAGCCAAAGAUCCCCAGUACAGUGAGCCUCAGAUUGAUGCCAUGAGAGCCCAGAAAGACCAGGAGUUGGAGCAGUAUAAAAGGAAUGCAGCGAAAUCAUGGAAAGGUCUAGAGCUGGAGACAUGAGAUAUCUUCUGCUUUAUUACACACAUACAACAUGUUAUAAUGUACAUAGAGUAUAUAUAUUCUAUUUGUUUACUUUUGUAUUAUAUUUUCUGUUGUACUUUUCUAUAAUUACAU